AUGGCCGAGUUCUCUUGGGAGGCUUGGAAGCUUGACAAGAAACUGACAAGGCGGUUUGCAGCAGUAGCAAGAUUGGCCACGACUCCCCAUGUGUGCAUCUACUCACUAUUCACGUACCCUUGGUACCUUACGCAAGUGAUAGCUCGGAGAAAGAUUCAACUACUAGCGGAACACCCGUGCCAUCCUGUCCCCGGAGAGGAAAUUGACAACAGGUAG